AUGGCUCCUCCAAUGGCUAAGAAGCGCAAGGUUUUAGACAGCCUGAAGAAUAAACCCGGUCGGCCCAAGAAGAAGUUUAGAAAGCAGCACCAGUAUCACAGCAGCUCCGACGAAGCAGAAGAUGACGAGCCCACCGAUUUUAAGGCAGUCAAUCUCGCCGAUUCCGAUGUGGAGGAGGAAGAGAAGGUGGUAGAGAAGAAGCCAAAGAAGACACAGGCACAGGCGCAGACCACGAAAUCGCUGGGUGCGCAGAAAAAGAGAAAGGCUGAGGACAGCGACGCCAGUGACGACGAGAGCGAUGCAGACAACCAGGAUGAACCUGGCUCAGCAGAAUCGUCUGAACUUGAACUUGAAGACGAUGAGUACCUCUCGGAUACCUCGCUAGCCACCUCUACGAACGGCCGCAAGUCCGUCGCCAAGCGCAACGACCCCACUGCAUUCUCGACAUCGAUCUCCAAGAUUCUCUCGACAAAACUUCCCACAUCAGCGCGUGCAGAUCCUGUGUUGUCGCGCAGUAAAACAGCCGCGCAAAACACGACCGAGCUUGCGGACGAGAAACUGGACAAGCAGGCGCGGGCGAAACUCCGCGCUGAAAAGAAGGAGGAGUUGGAUCGGGGCCGCGUACGCGAUGUCAUGGGCAUUGAGCGUGGCAUAACUGGCGCUGUUGCAGAAGAGGAGAAGCGCCUCCGGAAGAUUGCGCAGCGUGGUGUGGUGAAGCUUUUCAAUGCGGUGCGCGCAGCCCAGGUCCGGGGAGAAGAGGCCGCGAAAGAGGAGCGAAAGAAGGGAACCGUUGGUAUGGGUGAGCGGGAAAAGGUCGUCAACGAAGUCAGCAAGCAGGGCUUCUUGGAAUUGAUCAGUGGGAAGAAGGGGAAACCCUUCAACAUCGAGGAGGCUUGA